AUGAAGUUACUGGCCUUCCUUCUGAUGCUCGCCGUGGUGCGCGCCUACUACACCAUGAGCGUAUUCGCGCCCUCUAUCCCUCAAAUCCACGCUCGCGUCAUCAACGCCCGGAAUAGAGCCUUCAUCAUCGGUGCUGCACGACCAAGUACGUUCUGCGGACUGGACAACGCUACUGAUUGUCCCGAUGGAACGUCUACGCAAGUCGACGCGAACAUGACCGGUCUCGCUGCGGCAGUCCCUGGCGGCCAGUUCAUCUUUGUCGCACCCGACGGUAUCAUCUCGUACCCCAUCGCCCACUCCAGUAUCCGCCCACCAGGCUCGCAAAUGGGUGGCUUCCGAGCGGCGCAGAUCGUUUCGGAGUGCAAGAUGCCUGUGACGAUACUCAUGUGGUCGCCAGAGAUGGGGAGGCCCGGCCUUUGGGCAUGUCCGACAGCGAGGAAUGUUCCAGUCACGAAAGAAGCGGUACUCAAAGCGACAACAGGGUCCUUCACUGGAAGAGGAUGCUUGAGUGUGGAGGGGAUAGAAAUGCAGACUGCUGGGGAUAAGUUUGCGGCUUGGGCGUAUACAUAA